GUAGAGAACCAACACCCAGACCUUGUACAACUGAAGAAUUCAAGUGCAGUAAUGGAAAUUGCAUUCCUCUACAUUAUGUUUGUGACAAUUACGAUGACUGUGGAGACCAUUUUGAUGAAACGGGCUGCAAUCCUGGAACAGAGCGAACUUGUGCAGAAAAUAUCUGUGAACAUAACUGUACCAACCUGAGUGAAGGAGGCUUUAUCUGCUCCUGCAGGCCAGGGUACAAGGCCAGUGAAACUAACAGAAACUCCUGUGACGAUAUCAAUGAGUGUGAGAUCUUUGGAACAUGCACCCAGGACUGCAAAAAUUCCAAAGGAAGCUACGAAUGUUUCUGUGCAGAUGGCUUCAGGUCUGUGGGCGAUCAACAAGGGAAACAGUGCGCAGCUAAUGGCAAUCCUCCAUUGUUACUGCUGCCAGAUAACGUGCGAAUUCGAAGAUACAAUAUCUCCUCAGAGCAGUACUCUGACUAUAUUGAUAACCAGGAGCGCAUCCAAGCUCUGGACUAUGAUUGGGACCCUGAAGGCAUAGGCCUGAGUAUUGUGUACUUCAGCAUUCUGGGACAGGGUUCUGAGUUUGGAGCCAUCAAACGUGCUUAUCUGCCCACAUUUGACAGCAGUAGGAACAAUCCUACAAAGGAAGUUGACUUGAAUCUCAAGUACAUAGUUAAUCCUGACGGGUUAGCUGUUGACUGGGUUGGAAGACAUCUUUACUGGACUGAUGCAGGGACUAAUCGCAUAGAAGUGGCAAAAUUAGAUGGACGAUACAGAAAAUGGCUUAUCUUUUCUCUACUGGAUCAGCCAGCAGCUAUUGCUGUCAAUCCAAAACGUGGGCUUAUGUAUUGGACUGACUGGGGAAGGCAGCCAAAGAUUGAAUGUGCCUGGAUGGAUGGACAAGAAAGGCAAACUCUGGUCUCUGAAGACCUUGGCUGGCCAACAGGUCUUUCUAUUGAUUAUUUGAACAAUGACAGGAUCUAUUGGAGCGAUUCUAAAGAAAAUAUUAUUGAAUCCAUGAGACCUGAUGGGACAGACAGAACCAUAGUAUUACAUGGAGUAGGCAGUCCAUACAGCCUUGAUGUCUUUGAAGGCCAUUUAUAUUGGGUAGCUAAAGAACGAGGAGAAGUCUGGAAGAAAGAUAAAUUUGGAAAUGGAGAAAAAGUUAAAGUACUGACUGUAAAUCCAUGGCUUACUCAAGUGCGCAUCUAUCACGAGCACAGAUACAAUCAGUCGGUGCCUAAUCCUUGUAAAGAUGUCUGCAGCCACCUCUGCCUGCUGAGACCAGGAGGGUACACCUGCGCUUGUCCUCAGGGGACUCGAUUCGUAGAAGGCAGCAGCACAGAGUGUGAUGCAGCUAUUGAAUCCCCUCCCACAAUGCCACCAGCGUGCAGGUGCAUGUAUGGAGGAACGUGCUAUCUAGAUGAAAGCGAUCUUCCGAAAUGCAAGUGUUCUUAUGGCUACACUGGGAAUUACUGUGAAAUAGGAUUGUCAAAGGGAGUGCCUCCUGGAACAACAGUAGCAGUGUUGCUGACAGUCAUACUAAUCAUCAUAAUUGGAGUGUUAGCAGUUGGAGGCUUCUUUAACUACAGACGAACAGGCUCCCUUUUACCAGCACUUCCCAAACUGCCAAGUUUAAGCAGUCUUGUAAAAUCUACUGAAAAUAGCAAUGGGGUAACUUUCCGAUCUGGAACAGAUGUGAGUAUGGACAUAGGAGUCUCUGGCUUUGGAGGAGAUUCUGCUAUAGACAGAGCAAUGCAAAUGAAUGAAAACUUUGCAGUGGAGUCAGGGAAGCAGCCAAUCACAUUUGAAAAUCCAAUGUAUGCAACCAGAGAUGGUGGAGCCAGCACAGCCAGUGUAGUUACAGUCGCUCAGCCAACGCAUGUAAGAGAUGCUUAGCUUGACUUUCAGGUAGCAGCAGCUGGUAGUGAGGAAAACGAAAAUUUUGAAAAUCCUGUGUAUGCCUCUGUGAUAUCUGCUGGUUCGAAGGAACCCCCUCAGAGUACAGAUGCACCUCAGGUAGGACAUAUGUUUCAGGAAUCAAAGUGGAGUUUCUUCAAGAGAAAAAUGAAACAAAACACAAAUUUUGAAAACCCAAUAUAUGCAGAGAUGGAAAAGGAAAAGCAACAGGACACAGAAAAUGUCCCUACCCCUUCUCCUUCACCGCCUCCCAAGAUUACUCUGAAGAGAGACCAACCAUUAGCUUAUACAGCAACAGAGGAUACAUUUAAAGACACCGCCAAUCUUGUUAAAGAGGACUCUGUGGUAUAA